AUGAUCCUCUCCAAGGAGGCUGCUGUCACCGCCGCUGGCACGGCAUACAACGCCAUCUUGGCGAGCAUCCAGUCUGAGGCUGCCUCGCUGGAGUCGUCCAUUGUCAGCGCCGAGAGCGUUGCUUAUGCAUCCCUUAUUGGCAAUGCUACCGGCAUAGCAGCCACAACGACGGCAGCAUCCACAACUGCGACUGCGGCUGACGGCACGAGCACCGGCGAGAGCGCCGUCACAAUUUACGGUACCGACUCUUCCGGAGCGGGGGCUCUUCCGACCGCAGUGGCGGGUCUUCAGGCCAUAGCGGGCGGCAUCGCGAUGCUCGCAGCUGUCAUGUAA